AUGACAAUCUCUAACGGGAUAUCGCAAGAUGAACGGCAGAAAAUUGCUGAGCUAAGAAAACUGGUCAAGGAUGACCUCACUGAAUAUUAUGAUACAGACUUCAACCUUCUCAGAUGGCUUCAAGGUCAUGCUCAACUUUCAAUCCCAGAUGUUGCCAGAAAACUACGGAAAUCCACAUGGGACCUAGAUAACAUGCACAAGCAGGACAGAACGCAUCCGAUCCAUAAUCACUGGCGGUAUGGCAUUACUGGAGAGUCCGGAGUCCUGGAAAAUGUCAUCAUCAACAUUGAACAGUGUGGUCGAACUGACUAUACCGGUAUGAUGGAGUGUUUCUCGAUAUCAGAAGUGAUGAAAGCUCGAGUAUACGACCUGGAAGAUAUGCUUGCACAUUGUAUGGAACUUGAAAAACGGACAGGAAAGCAAGCAUGGAUUCUGUACGUGAUGGACGUCACGGGUCUCGAAUAUAACAAAAAACUCUACGAUCUGGUCACGGGUUCAAUGAAGUCUCUAGCUGAGUUCAUGGCAGAGCACUAUGUGGAAAUGAUCAAGUUCUUUGUGCCAGUUAACAUACCAUCAUUUGCCGUCGCAUUAUGGACUGUCGUUCGUCCAUUACUACCUGAGAGGACAAAAAACAAGGUUCGUAUUCUUGGUUCAAAUUGGAAAGAUGAGAUUCUACAGUUUUCGAAAAAAGAAUCACUUCCUUCAAUUUGGAACGAUGACACCCAUGUGUUCCCAGCAUACGUCGACCAGCCUCAACCAUUCUUGAAGGAUUGGUAUUACUCCUCUAAAGGUCUAAAGGUACCAGAAAAUGUGCAGGUGAUUGAUGUUCCCGCUGGGAAACAUCACUGGAUCACCUUACAUCUUCAACAAGGAGAUAUGGUAUCAUGGUGGGUGGCCGGAAAUCGGAAUUUCGGAUUUGGUUUCUUCCGAGCUCGCUACGAAGACGAGGACGACUACGCAAUGUGA